GUGCAACCCGACUCCCCACUUCUUCGUCGGGUAUGCAGCAGAGAAAAGGCCCUCAAGGUUCCAUCACAAAGCCAAUUGCUCCAUUCAAGCAGCGUCGAGUCUUUGACGACCAUAUCCGCCUCUGAUAUCUCCAUACAUCUUCGUCACCGCGUCCUCGCUCCCCCGCCCCCGUGCCCUCCUCCCACGAAGGCCCGGCACGCUUGGUUAGACCGUCUACAGCCUCUCCCCCGAAGGCCCUACGUCAAAUAGCAAAAACGAUGGCCGCCACCGGCACGGCAGCAGCCUCGGCCGACGCGACGGCGCCGAGAAAGACGCCGCUCGAGCACCCCACGGCGGACAGCAGGCGGGCGCCCCGGGCGGAGCUGACGGCGGAGCAGACGGCCAAGUACGAGGCGCUGCUGGACAAGGCACGCAGCUACAGCGACGUCAACUGCGACGAGAAGAAGGCGGCGGCGGCGGCGGCGGCGGCGGCGGCGGCGGCCGGUGGCGUCAGCGACAAGGACGACAACAACAACACCGGGGAGAGGCGGCGGUCGGGCCCCGUGACGGAGGCGGAGCGGGCGUGGCUCACGCGCGAGUGCCUGCUGCGGUACCUGCGGGCGACCAAGUGGAACGUCGAGGACGCGUCGCGGCGGCUGCAGGCGACGCUGGCGUGGCGGCGCGAGUACGGGCUCGAGGGUCUGACGGCGGCGUACAUCUCGCCGGAGCAGGAGACGGGCAAGCAGAUGGUGGCGGGCUUCGACCGCGAGGGCCGCCCCUGCCAGUACCUCAACCCGGGCAGGCAGAACACGGACGCGAGCCCGCGCCAGAUCCACCACCUCUUCUACAUGGUGGAGCGCGUCGUCGACGUGAUGCCCGCGGGCGUCGAGUCGCUGAGCCUGCUCAUCAACUUCAAGCCCAGCAAGCAGAGGCAGAACACGAGCGUGCCCAUCUCGACGGCCAGGGAGGUGCUGCACAUUUUGCAGAAUCAUUACCCGGAGCGCCUGGGCAAGGCGCUCAUUAUCAACGUCCCGUGGAUCGUCCAGUGCUUCUUCAAAAUCAUCACGCCCUUCAUCGACCCCGUCACGCGCGGCAAGCUCAAGUUCAACGAGGACAUGCGCCAGUACGUGCCGCCGGAGCAGCUGUGGAGCGCCGACUGGAACGGCGACAUGGACUUUGAGUACGACCACGACGUGUACUGGCCGGCCUUCAACGACCUGUGCCGCGGCCGCCGCGAGGCCAAGAUGGCGCGGUGGCGGGCCGCGGGCGGCGUCGUGGGCGAGUCGGAGGACUACCUCGCGGGGGGCACCGACGUGAGCGUUUCGGGGUUCCGAUACGAGGGGGACUCGGCGGCGGCGGCGGCGGUCACACCGGCGGCUGACAUGGUCGAAACGGCAAACGGAGACGGCAAGAGCGGCGACGGGCACGCGGAUGGCGUGGAUAUCGUGCGAGAGAAGAUGGAGGCGGCAGUGCUGACCGACGGUAAUGGUACGGCGAGGGAGCACGAGGUGACUGGCGGCGCGGCAUGA